UGUGUCCGGGCGCGGCUGUGGCGCCGUGCCGCGACUCGCGGGGUCACGGCCUCCCCUGUUGCUCCUCCUCGCUCGGGGCUGGGCAAUUCGGCUUCCUGCGACGAGGGAGCGAGCGAGAGGGAUUCGUCUCUCUCCCACACCGAGCGAGAGAGAGAGAGAGUUCUUUACUCUCACGCGGUCAGAUCCUUUCCCCAAUCCUCCGACGAGAGUGCCGUCUGGCAUCCACAGCGAGGGGCUCUGCACUCUCCUGGCCGAGCCGGUGCCACCCCCCGCCCCCCCGAGCCGGCGCACUCCAAGCGAGAGGUCCCCUCGCUCUGCUCACCCCGUGGGCUCUCCGCGCUGCUGCUCGACACCCCGGCGAGAACGCAACUCUCACGAUGAUGCGCCUGGAGGGGGAGCGGGGAGUCCCGUGCGGGGACAAACCGCGCUCUGCGUAAAAAGUCGCCGCGCUCCACCGCGCUCGCCCGAGGUCCCCUCCGUGGAGAAGCCGGGCAGGAAAAGGGUGGACCGCCGAGUGCAUCGCGUCCCGAUCCACUUCGCUUCGGCUUGGUUCGGAGCGCCCCCCCCCCCUCCUCUGCCGGGUGGGUUGGGGAGGUCAAUGGCGAGGAGGGCGGACGCGCGCAGCCUCAUCCGCCUCCGACAGUCGGACGAGGGCGAGGGGGGCCCGGGCGGGGGAAUCGUCGAGGCAGGGUCCACGGGGGUCGCUCAGCGCUCGCCCGAGCUGCUCAAGUGCGUGGUGGUGGGAGACGGGGCCGUGGGCAAGACGUGCCUCAUCAUGAGCUACGCCAACGACGCCUUCCCGGAACAGUACGUGCCAACCGUGUUCGACCACUACGCAGUGAAUGUGAAAGUUGGUGGAAGUUGCUAUCUCCUGGCUCUCUAUGACACGGCGGGACAGGAGGACUAUCACCAGCUCCGGCCUCUCUCGUACCCAAACACGGACAUGUUCAUGAUCUGCUUCUCAGUGGUGAACCCGGCCUCCUACCACAACGUCAAGGAGGAGUGGGUCCCAGAGCUGAGGGCCUGUUGUCCAGACGUGCCAUACCUCCUGGUCGGCACGCAGAUUGAUCUGCGAGAUGCAACCAAAACCCUCAUGAGACUCAAAGAGCUGAAGGAGAAGCCUAUGACUCACCAACAAGGAGUGAAGCUCGCAAAGCAGAUAGGUGCGCACUGCUACUUGGAGUGCUCGGCGCUCACUCAGAAGGGGCUCAAGGCUGUGUUUGACGAGGCCAUCCUGACCAUUCUGCAGAGGAAAAAAUGCAAGCGCUCGACGCGUUGCCGCUGCUGCACCAUCACGUGAGUGGGCCCACGUCCGCGACAAGGAUUGUCGGCGGCACACGGACAAGUGCAGACGCUGUAGGAGGUGGCAAUUCCUGACAAUCCGAGUAGCGCUAAGCUGGAGAUGAAGCUUCUGAAGCCGAUCACAGCAUUUAACAAUAUUCGAUGACUGCACCGUGAGCAGUGAAUGCUCGGCUUUCAAAAGCUCUAAAGAUGAGAAGUUCAUGAAAGGUUGAUUUAGACAGGGAAAAGAAGACGAUGCAUAGUGCUCAUAUCAUUUUAAUUAAACCUUCGGUCAUAGCUGUGUUGAGUUUCAUUUUUACAAAUGAAACAUUUCAAUCUGAAUAUUUAAAAUAUGGUGUAUGUGUUGUGCUUCGACAUGACUUGCAUUGAAAUAUGUACAAGAGCUGUUGGUGUUUCAAGGUUUCACUUUGACAUCUGAAAAUGUUAUAUUGUAACGUUUUCUGGAAUCUGAUAUUUUAUUCAGUAUUCAAUUUUACGAGAAAUUGUAAGCUCUUUUUACUUAGCAUAUGGCAUUGUUUUAACAGCACAUUAUUUGAGACGUUUUCUGAAGGAAAUGAAAAUUCCAUUGGAACUUUUUUCUAUGUAUUUGACAAUAGAGUUUGUUACAAUGCAAUCAUUUAAAUAAAACGCCCUUGUUGUUUGAAAAUGACGUGAUGUCCUCAUGAAGCGAUAUUAUCGAUCCAGGGCUGAGUGCAUUUAUGCCGUGCACAUUUUAUGCAAUGCGAUGUUCAAAAAAUAAAUCCUCUAUUUUUUUGUAGAAUCGAAUGUUUUGUGCCGUGGUGCCUUUGAUACCUUUGUAAGAUGAUGUUUCUCCUCGAAGAAGAGUUUGGAAGCUAGUGAAAGUGAAAAUAAAGUUAUAUUUUAUACGUAUCGUGACACUUAUGCAUUUGUGUUUUAAGGAUCCAUUAAACCAGUGAUUCUUAACCUCUACUGCAGCCUUGCACCCCUUUGGUUCUCAAUCGCAAAAAAAAAUGUUAGUAAAUACAAAGGUUUGAUGAAACAAAGUAGUUGUACAUACGUGCCCGUGUUUAAUUUGUGUUUCGAUUAUUUACCUUCUAAAACAAUCUGGCAUGUCUCGCACUCCCAUGAAGGGCACCCCAGGUUGAAAUAAAAUAAAGACACAAUGAAAACACAAUAAUUGAGCCACUUUCUGCCGUGUAGAUUGCUGCCGUGUUUGUAUAUGCCAUCAAAUAUGCUGCUGAUGCUGUUGUUUGUUAUUUUGCUCGUGCUUUGUAAUAUCACAACUCGGUGCUCUGCUGCCGUACAGGCCUCUGUCUAUGAUCCUGUCGCUUUGCCAAUGUGCCAUUCAACUUGAGUGAAGCCGCUCUUCGCCCUCGAGAGGUUUCUUGUGUCAAGAGCUCUCUGCUGCCGGCGCUGAGGGCGCGUUCCCUGGGUUCUUUGUCGUCGGAUGUUCACCGGUGACUCUUGACGUGGCACCUCCUUAGCCCUGAUGUUGCCAUCGCUGCCGCCGCAUCAUCGUUGCUGCGCCUUCUCCGUCGACCCUGAACGACUGCGUUGUUGUGACACAACGGCAGCCCCACCGCUCCACGUGCUCAGCACAAAUGAGACUUUCUACCUCCCCCCCCACCGCAGCUCGUUAAAGUCACAUCGAGCAGAUGAAACAAAAAGUCGUUGCCGCUGGCUACUGAGGAAGUAGCGACGCCAGGCCCAGCCCUGGUACGCUCUGGCUAAUUGUGGGGAGUCGAAGUGGAGAGCGCACCAUGUGUGACCGCCACAAGGCAUGGCUCCAGGUUUUUUCUUAAAAAAAACAACAACAUGUGCUCUCAAAGAAAUUAUGCUUUUUUUAUGACACAGUGGAACACUUUUCUUGAAUAAUAUUUGUCAAUGCUAAAUAGGCAUGUUUUUACUCAAUUAAAUAAUCCCACGUGUUAGGCAUUGUGUGCAAACGACUUGUAAAUGUUUAAAUGCAGUGUAGCAUACGGUCACUUGCAGCACUCGGUUACAAAUAUCGCUUUAAAGAAAUCCCACGUUUGCUAAACAUUACGAGACAUUCACUUGAUUAUACCCAUUCACUACAGUAAAUGGCAUCAUCCUAUGCAUUAUGUACACCAACACACACGUGUUUCUGUAGGGUCAACACUACGGUGUUGACCCUACGGUGUUGACCCUACAGUGCACAUAUCUCUCAUGCAGUGAACACCCUCCCGAUGCCUCGGCAGUGCUUGUGCUUAACCACAAAUAUUUAUUUAAAAGGACCACGAAACCAAAACACUUCUGCCAGCCUUCAUCAGCUAAUUAAUCCAUUUCGAAUGUUUGCUGUGUUAGAAUGUUAACAGCACCAAAUAUGAAAAAACUGUAUGGUAUUCAAACACUUUUAAGCAACACUGUAAAACAAAUAAAAAUAUUAUUUUCGAUGUGUCUAUGGCUGACGCAUUGUCUAUUUAUCUAUAUUUACACAUUACUUUCUGUCGUUAGGAAAAUGUGGCAUACACUGCUGUGAAUAUGAGCUAAUACCGACCGCAGUGCCAGAUUAAGCUUUGUAGCACAUGUUAUAAAAAAUAACACGUAAAUAUAACACUAAUUGUUAACUUGCAUAGUAAAGGAAUUGUAUUUUUUUAUUUGCUGUACAGCCAGAUAAUGACAAAUCGCUAACCUGAAACACCCAGUCGUUCAUAAAAGUUGAAGGCGGUACAGUACUAUAGUAAUAGAGCAAGUGCAGAAUCACUGAACCGGAAUUGAUAGCUCGAAAGCAUUUAGCGCGGGGCCCUUGAAAGUGCGGAGCCCGUAGCAUAUGCUGCUUCUGCUACUAGGAUAAUCUGGCACUGACCUACCGU